AUGGUGGCCAUUCGUGUGCUGCUCCUUGCAGGAGCUCUCUUGGCCUUUGCAUGCUCGCAGCAUGGCGUCGCCGCCUCCGACCCCAGCCUUCUCCAGGACUUCUGCGUUGCGGACAAGAUGUCUCAAGUGCGUGUCAACGGACUCCCUUGCAAAGAUGUGAAGGAUGUCGUCGCGGAGGACUUCUUCUUUUCUGGCCUUCAUAUGGCCGGCAACACGGCCAACAAGCAGGGUUCCGUGGUGACCGCCGUCAACGUCGCGCAGAUCGAUGGGCUCAACACCAUGGGCGUCUCCCUCGUCCGCAUCGACUAUGCGCCGAACGGCCUCAAUCCUCCUCACACCCACCCGCGCUCCACCGAGAUCUUGACCGUGCUAGAGGGCUGCCUCCACGUUGGCUUCGUCACCUCGAACCCUGAGAACAGACACUUCAACAAGGUUCUCGCCAAGGGAGACGUGUUUGUGUUCCCCAAGGGCCUCGUCCAUUACCAGUUCAAUAAUGGGAACACUCAUGCGGUGGCCAUUGCGGCACUGAGCAGCCAGAAACCUGGAGUGAUCACGGUAGCCAACACGGUGUUUGGAUCGGAGCCUGCCAUCUCAGAUGAUGUUAUCACCAAGGCAUUCCAGGUGGAGAAGAACACAGUCGAUUGGAUCCAAGCACAGUUCUAA